AUGGACAAUAAUGCUAAAUUAGCCAUUCUUCUUGAGACUAAGGUGAAAGCGGAGAACUGUGCUGCUACCUUUGACCCUUUCCUUUCAAACUGGAAGUAUUUACAUAAUGGUGAGGCAGAUUCUACUGUUCGCAUUUGGUUGGGCUGGGAUGCUACAGUUUUUAAAGUUGAGGAAAUUCAGAAAUCCACUCAAUUUAUUCAUGCUAAAGUGACUACUUUGGGGACCUCUCUUAAUUUUUUGUGCACGGCUGUUUAUGCUUCGAAUUUGAUGGAAGAAAGGAGGGAGCUUUGGAGGGACGUUAUUACUCUUGCUAGUAAUAUCUCCAUUCCUUGGGUUGCUCUAGGGGAUUUUAAUGUUGUUCGUCAGCAAAGUGAAAAACUUGGAGGGGAUCCAGUCCGUCAAGAGGUUAUUGAUGAUUUUAACUCUUUCAUCUUUGACACUAAUCUUAUUGAUUUAAAGUGGAAGGGAGAACUCUUUACUUGGAAUAAUAGGCAGGGGGCAGCUCUCAGGUCUUCCGAAGCCACUUUCCUUCCCCCGGGGUUGUCGGAUCAUUCUCCAGCAGUGGUUUCGAUCCUUGAUGGGGUAAACUUUGGCCCAAAACCUUUCCAGUUCUUUGAGGCUUGGAUUGGAAGAGGGGGGUUCGAUGAAGUGGUGAUUAAAGGUUGGGAUUGUCCAGUAAAUAUGAAGCUCAAUCCUAUUCUUUGGUUUGCGGCUCGCCUAAAAAAUGUCAAGGCUGAACUCAAGAAGUGGAAUAAAGACAGCAUUGGAGAUGUUUUUCUUGCAGUCAAGAAUGCUACAUCGGAGUUGACUCACAUUCAAGUUAGCCUUGCUGCCCACCCAAAUGACUCCGAUUUAGUUAUCUUAGAGUCAAAAGCCAAAAAGAAGUUAUGGGAAGCUCUUAGCACUGAAGAAAAAUUCCUUAAGGAGAAAUCAAGAGUCAAGAAUAUUCAAUUAGGGGAUGGAAAUAAUAGCUUCUUUCACAAGUCCAUGGUGUGUAGGCAAAACCGGAAUCACAUUUUGGAGGUGCACAAUGAAAGAAAUGAAGUUAUCAAGGAACCCAAUCUUAUCAAAAUGGAGGCAGUUUCCUUUUACAUGAACCUGUUUGGAGCAAAUGCAGAUGACACUGGGUUUUUCCCUGAGUCUAUUCCUUUAUAA